UUUCUUAAGUAACAUCAAAUGCUGUCCGUGGAUGGGUGGCUCAUUGUCAGGACAGCAGCAGGCCAGAGAGAUUGUUACAGGAGCUGGAAUACAGCCUAACACAGCUACUGCACUACCACUGGACAGAGAGGUAAAUGAUGGACACGGACAUUCUAGGUUUCAGACCAGACAGGAGGAGUCCUCAUAGGGAAGACCUGAGACCUGUCUCUCACCACAGUCUUUAUCUGAGCCCACCCCCACUCUACCUGAACCCGACCAAACUCUCCCCCUUCCCGACCAGAGAGGCCUACAGCCCCCUGACUCACCAUCGGCCACGGGGCUCUGAGGGCAUGCAUUACACCCAGAGGGAAGGUUCCCAAAAACGCAAAAGAAGGCCACAAAAAAUGGAGGGUUCCGAAUCCCCUACAGGAGACAUGGAGGAGGUGGAGCGUCGAGGCAACACCAAGACUGUUGAUCUCAACCACCUUCCGUUCUCCCUCCCUCCUCGCCCAUGUCUCCCUCCCUCUCCCAUGCCCAUUCAAGGUAUGAUCGACCUGAGCCGGCUCCAGCUGCACCACAGGGCUAUGUCCAGAUAUGAGACGACUAUGGGCCUCCCAUUGCAGGUGAAACAGGAACCACUCAGCCCCUCACCUUUGUGGCCUCCCUCUCCUCUCCUCCAUCACCACCCUCCUCCCCUAUUCUUCCCCCCUCUCCACCCCAGCCUCCUCCCCUUCCCCUUCUUCAUGCCUGGGCCCAUCAUGCACCUCUCUCCUGGAGCCUUCUACCCCGGAGAGGCACCACGACCUAGUCGGCGCAGCCCAGACAGAGGGCCCCGAGGUGGGAUGACCAGCGCUGAGAAGCUGGGUCUCAACGUCCACAUCGACGACAGCUACCACGUAGAUGUAGGAGGAAACCAGAAGCGUUGGAAGUGCCGUACGUGUGAGAAGUCAUACACAUCCAAGUAUAACCUGGUCACACACAUCCUGGGCCACAGCGGGAUCAAGCCUCACAGCUGCCAUCUGUGUGGGAAUCGGUUUAAGCAGCUGAGCCACCUGCACACUCACCUGCUCACCCACCAGGGCACACGGCCACACAAGUGCCAGGUGUGCCACAAGGCCUUCACCCAGACCAGCCACCUGAAGAGACAUAUGAUGCAGCAUAGUGACGUGAAGCCGUACAGUUGUGGGGUGUGUGGGAGGGGUUUUGCCUACCCUAGUGAGCUGCGGGCCCAUGAGCUGAAGCAUGAGAAAGGCCAGGAGAACGUGUGUGUGGAGUGUGGUUUGGACUUCCCCACUCUGGCCCAGCUCAAGAGACACCUGACGGCCCACAGAGGUCCCACCCUUUACAGGUGUAGUGAGUGCCAGAAGAGCUUCCAGUACCCCAGCCAGCUGCAGAACCACAUGAUGAAGCACAAAGACAUCCGGCCAUACAUCUGCAGCGAGUGUGGCAUGGAGUUUAUACAGUCCCAUCACCUCAAACAGCACACACUCACACAUAAGGGGGUGAAGGAGCACAAGUGUCGUAUCUGUGGUCGGGAGUUCACCCUCUUGGCAAACAUGAAGCGCCACGUCUUGAUCCAUACUAACAUCAGGUCUUACCAGUGUCACCUCUGCUUCAAGAGCUUUGUCCAGAAACAGACCCUCAAGGCCCACAUGAUCGUUCACUCUGACAUUAAACCCUACAAAUGCAAGCUGUGUGGGAAGGAGUUCAACAGAAUGCAUAACCUGAUGGGCCAUAUGCACCUGCACUCUGACAGCAGGCCCUUCAAGUGCCGCUACUGCCCCAGCAAGUUCACUCUGAAGGGGAACCUCACCCGCCAUAUGAAGGUCAAACACGGGGUCAUGGACAUGGGCCUGAAUGCAAGAGUGUUCAGGCGGCGGGGGCGGUUCUGCUUGUCAGCCCCUCUGAGUCUUCGGGCCCGCUCCAGACAAGAAGAGCCUUUUGACCUCUCCCAGAAGCCCCGGCCACAGCGGCCCAGCCUGCGCCUCUCCCAGUCGGACGGGGAGAGCGUCCCGGGGAGCUCCUGCCAGGAGGAGGAUGAGGAAGACAGCCUGUGCAGGAGCAGCCAGUACAGUCCUGAGGUCUACCAACACCACACUGGGGGACAGGGGUACAGGUCUGAGACAGAUAGACAGGUGUAUGGACAGGACAUUGAGACAGUUGGACAGGGGUACAGGUCUGAGACAGAUAGACAGGUGUAUGGACAGGACAUGGAAACACGUGGACAGGUGUACCCGCCUAGGGCAGGUGAAGAGGUUUAUCAGCCUGUGUCAAAGCCAGGUGAUGCAGAGGAAAAGGUGUACCAGCGUGUGACAGGUAGACAGGUGUAUGACUCCGACUCCGAGCUGGGGGGCCAGCUGUAUGAACAAGAGGCAGGUGGACACCACAUAGGUGCCAAUGUGCGUUACCCUGGGUCAGGUAAUACAGGUAAACAUGUGUACCACUCAGAUUCAGAGUUAGAUGACCAGUUGAAUAAGCCUGACCCUGACCAGCUAGAGAUAGGUGACCAGGUUUACCAUUCUGACGCAGGUGAAGAGAUGAUGGACACACCUGAACCAUGUGAAAGAGACUACCACUCAGACCCAGGUGUUUUAUCAGAAACCAUAGGGCCUGAUGAGGAGAAAGAAUGGGAUUUGGUGAGAGCUGGAAGCAGGGUAAAGGAAGAACAGAAGAAGAAGCAUAGACAUUCUUAGCAGGAGGAAUAGGAGUAGGGAAUAGGCUACUGUGCUGAAGAGAAGAGGGUCAAGAACCAUUCCAAAAGGGGUGGGGAGAUAUUUAAGUAGUACCUUGAACAAGCUGUGAAGCGUGUUGUAUUUCAGACUGAUAGGACUGACAAUACUUGUGCAUGUGAAAAUAUGUGUCUUUAAGAAAAUGUUUCAUUUGCAUGAAAUUGUGAUGUACAUAAAAUGAAAAUGGUUAAGAAAAUGUGAAAAUAUUUUGUCCUAAAUUGUUACUUUUUAACUAGUACUUUUAUAAAGCCAAUCUGUAAUUAAUGAGCAUGGGAUUUCAUUGUAAUAACAAUCAUUUAUCUUUUGUAAUGGUAGUUUUAAAUGAUUUUCUACUGAAAGUUUUAAUUAGUCUGUAAAUGGUGUUAUUUUGUUGUGUGAUGUAAUGAGUCAACAAAAGUUAUUUCAUCUAAUGAGGGAAGCCAUGAUUUUGUGAUUUCUUGUAAACGCUUGAGUGACUGACUUUGAAAUAAAUGAGUGUCUGUAA